UAUAUAAUUCCCCAUUUCUUCAACUUCAUUUACUUGCCUGUUGAUUCUGCCCAAUGAGAAUCCUUCUUCUUCUUCUUCUUCCUCUCUCUUUCAGUGUCAUUGGGAUGGUAUGGUCGACCCAUCUGUUCUACGAGUCGAUAUUUAGCUUUGGAGACUCUCUAACGGAUACCGGAAACUUUCUUCUCUCCGGCGCCCUUGCAUUUCCGGUCAUCGGAAAGCUACCCUACGGCGAGACCACCUUCAGACAUGCCACCGGGCGCUGCUCCAACGGACGCCUUGUCGUCGACUUCUUAGCGGAGGCCGCUGGGAUACCAUACCUGCCGCCCUAUCUAUCACUUGCUAACGGCCCGGUAAGCCGUUUCCGACAUGGAGUGAACUUCGCCGUCGCCGGAGCUACUGCCCUUGACUCUCAAUUCUUUUACCGACGACGCGUCGGAUCCCUCCUCUGGACAAACAAUUCGCUGAGCGUUCAGCUGGGUUGGUUCAAAAAGCUCAAGCCCUCCCUCUGCACCACUCCACGCGAGUGUGAGAAGUUGUUCGGGAGGUCCCUGUUUGUGGUGGGAGAGAUUGGUGGGAAUGAUUAUAAUUACGCCUUCUUUCUUGGUGGAAGCAUUAAACAGCUUCGAGCCUCCAUCCCCCUCGUCGUCCAAUCCAUCGUCACGGCAAUUUCUAUGUUGAUAGAGGAAGGGGCGGUGGAGAUAAUGGUGCCGGGGAAUUUACCGAUAGGGUGCUCGGCGGUGUACCUGACUUUGUUCGGCCGGAAUAAGAGAGAGAAGUAUUUGUAUGAUGAAAGAAAUGGGUGCUUGAAGGCUUACAAUGCCUUCUCCAAGUCUCACAAUGCUCGCCUGAACGCUGGUUUGGAGAAACUGAGGCGGAAGUACCCACAUGCAACCAUCAUUUACGCCGACUACUAUUCUGCUUCCAUGCCUUUCUUCAAUUCCCCUCUCCAUUACGGAUUUAGGAAUGGGGCAUUGAGAGCAUGCUGCGGAGGGGGCGGCCCAUAUAACUUUAACAAUUCGGCAAGGUGCGGCCACAUGGGCUCCAAGGCCUGCGCGCAUCCCUCCACCUUUGCCAAUUGGGACGGCAUCCAUUUGACGGAGGCCUCUUAUCGCCUCAUUGCCGAGGCCUUGAUCCACGGCCCAUUCGCAUCCCCACCCCUCAAACUCAAAUCCUCCUCCUCCAACAAUGUUUGAGCCCUGUUUCAUUUCUCAAGAUAGUUUUUUUUUGAUAAACUAUAUAAAUAAAUAUUGCAUUGGCUUUUAGGUUUUUAA